UUUACGGUAAUAUCCGAAUGCAAAGAGUGCACUUUCUAGAUCCAGCCAGCCACUAACUAGGUAGCUGUUAGAGACAUGACAAGCCUUCACUAUGGACUGGAUGCAACCCUCCUAUCGGCUCCAGGCUCCCCCUAUGCAUUCUCUACUGCACUCAAGCCUCCCGGAGCCCUCAGGAGGGCCAAGGGCAUAGAGUCAGACGUGGUUAGUCGACUCUCACUGGGUAGUGUGGGAUCCAACACUCCUCCGCUACUGUUGCCUAGCAACGAUGCAGCUAACAACGACAGGAAGCUCCAAUCACCUAACGAGACAGGACUAUCAGAAUCAUUGGGUAUACUAGAUCUGGACGCUAUGGAAGGCGAGUUGCUAGGGUGAUUCAGCCAUGCUCAGUCCUUUAUAAUACGACUCUCCUCUAGACAGUGGCGUGUCUCAGUUCCUCAGCUCCCCAAAUGGAGAUGGUCUCCAGUUGAGAUUAAGUGUGGCCACCUCUGCCAGGUCGUCUAACAUCCCUCCGUCCAAUCAGAUAAUGCCAACGUUACAUCCUCCUUCGUCUAAUCAGGCACCAGUAUUUAAUCCUCCGUUCGAUCAGAUGAUCUCUGCUGCCCCACCUCUCUCGUCUGAGCUGGAUGAAAGUGGUUCAUCGGAGGGAGAGCUAGCGUUGAGUGCUGGAGACUUGGCGCAACUUGAUGUCACUCUGACCGACGAAUCAGAUCACUCCUUUACACAAUUGCCAGGGCAACACACUCUGAGUGAUAGUAAAACCAAUGGCCACUAUAAUCCAUUCGAAGACUAUGACCCCGGCAGUUUUGGAGGGGAGGAGUUUGAGGCUCAGCAAGACCAAGCCUCGUUCUUACAUGAGCUGGAACAACAAGAGGAGAAGAUCAACAAAGCCACACUCACGCCAUCAGACUCUCGCCUCACCUCCUUUACCAGUGCCUGUCCCCAAAGUGACUUCUCACUCCACUCCUACUUCAAUAAGAAGAGUAACCAAAUGGGGCAGCUAUCUGAGGAGCUGUCUCCCAGUCAAAGGCCUCUGUUCAAUGAUACACCAAGUCAUGUGAUAGUCAGUCCCACUGCUACAGACACAACACCAAAGGAAUCCUCCUCGAUAGUGUUUGAUGGCCUAACUCCAGCUCUAUCCUCUCACUCCACACCACCACCAACUCCACCACGACUGGACCUCUCCGAACAAACCUCGUUAGACCAGGGGCUCCCCUCUAUGUAUUUUCAUAACGAGCUACCCCCCUCUAAUCAAAAUACUCCAACUGGCAACUCUGUCAGUGGCUUACCAUCUCAGUAUCUACAAAUGGAACAACCACCCUCCAAUGAAAACACUCCAACUGGCAACUCUGUCAGUGGCUUACCAUCUCAGUAUCUACAAAUGGAACAACCACCUUCCAAUGAAAACACUCCAACUGGCAACUCUGUUGGUGGCUUACCAUCUCAGUAUCUACAAAUGGAACAAUCACCCUCCAAUGAAAACACUCCAACUGGCAACGCUGUCAGUGCCUUACCAUCGCAGUAUCUACAAAUGGAACAACCCCCCUCCAAUGAAAACACUCCAACUGGCAACGCUGUCAGUGCCUUACCAUCGCAGUAUCUACAAAUGGAACAACCCCCCUGCAAUGAAAGCACUCCAACUGGCAACUCUGUCGGUGGCUUAAAAUCACAGUAUCUACGAAUGGAACAACCCCCCUCCGAUAAAAACACUCCAACUGGCAACUCUGUCGAUGGCCUACCAUCUCAGUAUCUACAAAUGGAACAACUCUCUCUUAAAGAUACACCUUACCACCCUGAAACCAGCCAAUCUCUCCGUCUCUCCCCACAGUACUUGCAGCCAGAGGACUCGACACUAGUGUUCCCAGAGCUAUCAGCCAUCUCCUCUCUCCCGCCAGAAGCCCCCUACUCGCUGGCCACGCCCGCCUCAGCCUACCUCCCCCUGGGAUUCGAGGUAACGUCAAUCGGCAACCAACCAUCCUUCACCACCACUGCUACUGAUGAGAGCAUUACGACUAUAACGGUCGAUACCAGUCAUGUGACAUCAGAGAAGGAUAAUGUGAUUAGUCAUGGCUCACCAAUCAAUACUAACCUCUCCAGUGUCAGUACAACCAUCUCCGGGAGCUGUGAACAAUCUCACCAAGUGAUGGCACCUAAUGGCAGUCUGGAUAUUGAUGCUCUGCUGCGAUCGCAACCUCUUGGUAACUCACCAGAUAUCUCCAUUACUACCAGCCCACCCCCACCUCCACACAGUAACCAUACUCCCCCUCAAACUGUCCACACCACCUCCACUGUCCACACAACGGCAGCCCAUCACAGCCCCUCACCCAAAAGGCCUCCUGUUGCGAGAAUUCCCCCCGAGUGGUUAGAGGUGUGCCAGAGUCUGGAGUUCGACAGUGUUGUGUGUGUGGGGAGCAGCCAGUGUCAGUGGAUGGACGUCAGCAAUAGAGGGGACCGCUGGAUACAAGUCUCCCUGCUAGUAGCUCACCUGACAAGGGACAGACAAGAGGUCUCUACAGACGCUGUAUUUACGCUGACUCAGCGCCUGUUUGUAGGUCCUGGCUGCAAAGAACGUGUAAAGGUGACCUUCGCCCCUAUAGCGGAGGGAGUAUACAAUGGAGUUGUCUCAUUACAAGGAUCUCUGGUUGUGUCCAGUGCUGAGGAGCCUCUAGCUACUGUCAAGCUGUGUGGAUGUGCUGAGGCCCCACGACUCACCAUGCCCUCCUCUCAGUCACUGGACUAUGGUACAGUGGUAGGAGGAUCUGUUGUUAGGCUGCCCCUGGAACUAAGCAAUGCUGGUUCUUCACUACUACCACUCAAGAUCACCAUCAACUGUAACGAUCCUCUCCAUCGAAUGUACUUCACUGUUGCUGAUGCUUGUCAAACCUCACCCCCCUCCCCACGGGCACACCCUCACUCUGUCACACUCUCACUACCUCCACACCCUCACAACAAGCCACACCCCCUUCACAUUGAGUUGUCAGCCCCAAAAUUCUACCAUAGCGACACCACUCGACCUCCACUGGAGAUACAGGGAAGUCUGGACAUAGCUCUGGACAGUGUACACGCUACACACAGUGUAACCAGUCUGCCUAUACGCGCUGUGGUAGGUGUGGCUAAACUACUGGCUCCAGGAUCAUUCCAGGGCAAUGACUUCACCCUGAGUUGUCUAGUGGGUCAGACCAAGACUGAGAGAGUUCCCCUCAAGAAUGCUGGCAAUAUCCCUCUGUCAGUGACUGCCAAGACCUCACAUCCCACACUCUUCCUACUCUCUCCACACACUCUCACCAUACAACCAGGACAGGAAUCUUACGUGGAUGUAACUUUUGUUCCGAUAUCUGACCCUGUGACCUCUGAGAUGACCUUACAGUUGCACGUCAACCCCUCUGGUCCUGACUACAACCUGAACGUGAGAGGCGUGGCUAUUCCAGCCUCAAAACAGAGGACUGUCUCGUGGAACAACAAAACUCUUCAGAGUAUGAGUGGCUCUCCCAAGACCAAGCAAAUCUCUCAAUGGCUUUCAGAAGUCCCUUCACUAUCCUCCCACCCCACACAUACCUCACAGCCCUCACAUCCUUCUCACUCCACACCCCCUUCACAGCUCUCCUACCCCACACCACCCUCUCACUCCUCACCCCCAUUACAGCCCUCCCACCACACACACCCCUCACAGCCCUCUCACUCCUCACCCCCAUUACAGCCCUCCCACCACACACCGCCUUCACAGACCUCCCACCCCACACCACACUACUCACAGCCCUCCCACCACACACCCCCCUCACAACCCUCCCACCACACACCACCUUCACAGCCUUCCCACCCCACAUCACACUACUUACAGCCCUCCCACCACACACAGCCCUCCCAUCCCACACCACAGUACUCACAGCCCUCCCAGGAGAAUGCCCAUCGACGCAGUGUGUAUAUUCGUGAGGAAGAGGUACUGUUUCCGCCCACUCCACUCAACACCCGCUCCACAGUCAAAGUUCAAGUCUGCAACAGAGAUCUUCCGCUGGCUGUGUUCACUGUACUGAAACCAGCACUACCUUUCACUGUCGACCAUCGCUCCUUUAAACUAGGGUCUCGACAGUGUGCUCGACUGCCCAUCCACUUUACUCCCGCUAUGCCCGGCAAGUACAGUGGCAUUGUGGCUCUGAGAACUGACUCUAAACACCAAAUGUUUGUGGUUGUUAGAGGGGAAUCCCACAAACCUUAGUCUCGCAUUUUGUUGUGAUCUCAGUUUUAUCCCAUUACACAUGCUGCAUAAUUAUUGUUCAACAUGUACUGAACACAUCUGUUUCAAAUGUAA